GAUUUUUAAACCUUAAAUUUAGACACAAUUUCUUCACACCAUAUUCAUCUGUCAUCGUCAAAGAGCAACUUCGCCUUUCGCCAUUUUGAUACAAGGUGACAUGGUUCCACCCGUCCAGAGGUGUUCAGUGUCUUCUACAUCGUUCGAAAGCGAUUUUUCUUCUGUCAAGAUCCGGAAAAGCAAAAGCGGCAAACAUUUUCCUGAUUGCCAGCAGAGCGGCAUGUCCCGCAACGCUGCCCGUGAGAGGUACCGCGUCAAGAGUCUGAGGAACGCCUUCCAGAAUCUCCAACAGUGUCUCCCCUCCGUCCCGCCCAACACCAAACUGUCCAAGCUGGACGUGCUGAUCUUGGCCACCACUUACAUUUCUCACCUCAGCAAAAUCCUCAGCGAAGACGACGCAUUCCAGGAGAAUAACUACAAUCUGAAUGAAUUUGAAUUAAUGGAAAAUUCCAUCUACGCAGCGACAGAAGUGGAAUUCAGAAGCACUAAUUGGGAAAAGAGUUAUUUACACCCAGUAAAAAAAUGGCCUAUGAGGUCUCGGCUGUACGCUGGAGUGGAAGAUAAAAACACAAGUGAGAGCUCUUCUGUCAGCAAUCUUCAACAAAUCUCGUGGAACUAAACCAAUCAUGCAGACAUAAUCAUUUAUUUU